AUGAAAGGAAGGAAAUCAUCUGUGUUAACAAUAGCCGAAAAAUGCAAGAAUAUAUUGGCAUCGAAUUGGCGAGGUAGCCUCAACACCAUCAAAGCUGACUCUAAAGGAAGCAAAGGGGAAAUAUACACCUCAAAAGUGAAGUACUUUGUUAAGAAAGGAAAGCCUUAUAUCUGGGUUCCAGGGAACGACUUGCAUAAUGUGAAUACAAUCAUUGAUGAACGAAGUUCUUUUGCUGUUUCCAGUCCAUUUCCAGGAAUGGCAUACCUACUCAAGUCCAUCAAAAAGCUACCAGCUCGAGUUGCUUUGACUGGUGAUGUUGUUCGUCUUGAAAAGAUCACUUCGGCAACGGAGAGUCUAAAAGAAAUUGUUUCGUUAGAAGAAAAGAUUGUAAAGGAGUCCGGUUAUUCAGUUUCUGGCAUAUUAGGUUCAUCACAUCUUGGUGCUACGCCUCGAGGCCAUAACCUUAAGGAGUUGCUUGAAGGAAAUAAUCAAUAUAUAAUAUAUAAGUUUAAUGUCAGUUCAUGCUCAUACAUUGAUGGAAAUGGAAGCACUCAUGAAGUAGAACUAGAGGAAUUUGAAGAAUCCAAAGCAGAUCCUUUAUCACCGUUUUCUGCCAGCCUUAUUGAUGGAAUUAAUCGAAGUGAGAUUAGACGCAGAGCUCUGAUCCUCCUUUGUAUCACACAGCUGAAAAACAAUUUGAAGGAUGCUUUGCUGCUGCGUAUAGAUCGGAAAGGCUUCGAUAUGCUGGGUAAAAUUGUUGGUCCAUUAAGGAAUGAUGGAUCAUUUGAGUAUCAGUGGAAGGAAUUUCGAAUCACAUUCGAAGAAGAGGCUCGCCACGUCGAAGCAUUUUGUGAAAGGCUAGUGCAAUUGGAAGAGGAAGCCAUUAAAAGUGUCUCAAGUUUCAGUGGGCUAUAA